AUGGCAGCUUCUCUCUUAAUAUCCUCCGUCACUCAGAUCAUGGCUCCAUCAGAGUUCGCCUUGACGUCCGCUGCCAGGUUUCUUCGGCUGUGUCGCUGGCUGCUUCAAGUGUACCGCCAAUCUGUCAGUCCUAAGAAGCAGGAAGGUGCUAGCUCGCUGCCAACUAUUGCAGACAAAGGUCAGACGUCAGACAGCAGAGAACAGCCGGAGGCCGCCGAAGCCCUUUAUCAUUUCGCUGCUUCAUCGCUUUCGGACGAGGCUACCACAAUCAGCGGAAUGUUCAAUAACCCAAAUUGGUAA